AUGGCCGUUUUACAGACAUCCCUCGCGAUCUUUAUCGCUCACAUCAUCCUUUUACUCGGAUUGCCAGCCUCUUUGGUCGCAGCUGCGCCAGUCGCCGUUCCCAUCUCUCCGGUUAAUAACGUGUUGGUUGCUACUGAAAAGAGAUCCGCCUCGAGCUACUGGGUCGCCAAUGUUGAGCGCCAGGGUAUUGUGCCCUUUGCCAAGAGUCCAGACUAUAAGAUUUUCCGAAAUGUGAAGGACUAUGGCGCCAAGGGUGAUGGCUCCACUGACGACACCGUGGCUAUCAACGAGGCGAUUUCUUCUGGAGGCCGUUGUGGUAAAGGCUGUGAUUCCUCCACCACCACUCCUGCUAUUGUAUACUUCCCGCCUGGUACCUAUGUUGUCUCAAAGCCCAUUGUCCAGUACUACUACACCCAGAUCGUCGGUGAUGCUGUCGAUUUGCCUAUCAUCAAGGCCUCCGCCAAGUUCGCCGGCAUGGCUGUGAUUGACUCUGAUCCCUACGAGGAUAACGGCGACAAUUGGUUCACCAAUCAGAACAACUUCUUCCGCGCCAUUCGCAACUUGGUCAUUGAUUUGACCAGCGUCCCCGCUGGCUCCGGUGCCGGUAUUCAUUGGCAGGUCGGCCAGGCCACUAGCUUGCAGAACAUUCGUUUCGAGAUGGUUAAGGGUGGUGGUGAAGCCAACAAGCAGCAGGGUGUCUUCAUGGACAACGGAUCUGGUGGUUUUAUGUCUGACUUGACUUUCAACGGUGGUAACUACGGAAUGUUCCUGGGUAACCAACAGUUCACUACUCGUAAUUUGGUCUUCAACGACGUGCAGACUGCCAUCUUUAUGAACUGGAACUGGGCCUGGACUUUUAAGUCAGUCAGGAUCAACAACUGCGAGGUCGGGCUGAAUAUGUCUACCUCUCCUGCUAAUCAGACUGUUGGCUCCGUCUUGAUGCUGGACAGCAAGCUCACCAACACCCCCAUUGGUAUCGUCACUGCUUGGACCCAGAAGAGCAUCCCCGUUGGCGGUGGUGACUUGAUUUUGGAUAACGUGGACUUCUCUGGCUCCAAAGUUGCUGUGGCUGGUGUUGAUGGCGAGACCAUCCUGGCUGGUGGAUCAGUCGUCGAAAACUGGGUUCAGGGUAACACCUACACCCCGUCCAAAACGGUCAACAAGCGCGCCAGCCAGGCUGAGCCUGAACUGGUUAUCGUCGUUGAGACUGUUACGGAGACCAUUCUUGCAUGUCCCGCUUCCUAUGGCCUUCCCAGCGCCACCCUUGCUGGCAGUGAUGUUCCUGCCCCUGCAAGAACUGCAUCGCUCGGAUCCGCCCCCUCUCCUUCGCCCGCACCGGGUGCUGGUGCCGGCAGCGAUACGGAUCGCCUUAUUAACCCUCCUUCCAUUCCCGCACUGAACAGUGUCUUGUCUCUUCUCGGAGUAAGCACUUCAGAGGCUUUUGAUGUCCCCGAGCCUACUCCCGUAGCUGCUCCUUCCACCGAGGCCCCUGUCACUUCCGCGGUGCCUGUAGGGUCUUGGCCCUCCAGUGUUGUCUCGGUUCAGCAACCUUCUGUGUCUGUCACCUUCGCUGCUCCGCCUACUCAAACUUCUAGCAGUGGCUCUCAAGUUAGCCAGGUCCCCCAGUCCAGCAGCGAUAGCAGAACGGCCAAUUGUGGUGCCGUAGCUGCUGUUUCCUCUGCCCGCACGCAGAGCGCUCUGAAGACUGCUCCCAAGCCCGCCAGCCUGCUCAAAGGGGCCGCCAUCUUUGAGCGCUCCAAGCCUUUGUACGAGGAUGUCGCAGCCUCCUCCUUCGUUAGCGUCAAGUCUGCUGGCGCCAAGGGUGACGGAACCACUGACGACACCGAGGCUAUUCAGAAGAUCUUUGACAGCUACAAGGAUGGCCAGGUCAUCUACUUUGAUCAUGGUGCCUAUGUCAUCACCUCCACCAUCAAGGUUCCCAAGGACAUUAAGAUCACUGGUGAGAUCUGGCCCAUGCUUAUGGCCCACGGCGAGAAUUUCGCGGACCAAGAGAACCCCGUCCCUGUCUUCCAAGUCGGCCAAAAGGGUGACACCGGCUCUGUCGAAAUGAGCGACCUCAUUAUCACUACCAAGGGCCCAGCCCCGGGGGCUAUCCUGAUGGAGUGGAACGUUGCCGGCGCUUCCCAAGGCUCUGCCGGUAUGUGGGAUGUCCACUUCCGCAUCGGUGGCGCCGCUGGUACCAAGCUGCAGAGUGACACUUGCCCCAAGACCCCCAAGGAAAAGACGACCCCUAACAUGGAUUGUAUGGCCGCCUUCAUGCUCCUGCACAUUACCAAGACUGGUAGUGCUUAUCUCGAGAACAACUGGUUCUGGACCGCCGAUCACGAGCUUGACCUCAAGGAUCACAACCAGAUCAACGUCUACACCGGCCGUGGUGUACUCAUCGAGUCCCAAAAUCCCGUUUGGCUGUGGGGUACCUCCUCGGAGCACCACCAGCUGUACAACUACCAGGUCUCGAGUGCUAAGAACGUCUUCAUGGGCCUUAUCCAAUCCGAGACUCCAUACUACCAGUCCAACCCGACCUCGCUGACCCCCUUCACCCCACAAAAUUCCUGGAAUGACCCUGACUUUGCGAAUUGCAAGACCAACUCUUGCCGCAAGUCCUGGGGUCUGCGUGUUCUCAGCUCUUCGGACGUCUUCGUCUAUGGUGCCGGUCUCUACAGUUUUUUCGAGAACUACGCCCAGUCUUGUCUCAACUCAGAGGACUGCCAGGAGAACAUGGUCGAGGUCGACUGUUCGGAUGUCAAGCUGUAUGGUCUCAGCACGAAGGCUGCUGUGAACAUGGUUACCUCGUCCAGUGGUCGGUCUCUCGUCCCGCAGAAGCCGAACAAGAGCAACUUCUGCUCUACUAUCGCUCUCUUUGAACAGUCUGCUUAG